AUGGUAGAAAUGAAAGGAAAAUUUGUAAAUUCAAUGGGUCCAUUUGAUAUUUGUCAAAAAUUACAUCAACAGCAAAGAACUAAACAAAAUGAUUGUGGUUUUUUAUUAGAAUGUGAAUCACAUAAUCAAAUAGUGCAUAAAUGUGUAUUACGUGCUGUCUCAACAAAAAUUGAUCAAUUCUGUAUGGCAGAAGAAGAAAAUGUAGAAUGUUCAACUGAUAAUAUUAAUAUAAAUUGUUAUGAUAACAUUAAUAAUAAUAAUAAUAAUAAUAAUAAUCACGUUAGUAACACAGUAAAACAAUCAAAGAAUUCAUUUUAUUUAGGUCGUAUAUCUGCGAAAACAUUGGAUACUUUUGUAAAAUAUAUUUAUCAAUCAGAGAUUACAAUUGAUGAUUUAACUGUAAUUGAAUUGUACAAUGUUGGUGUUUUAUUAAACAUACAAUUUAUUCAAGAUGCAUGUAUUAACUAUUUGAAAACAAGUUUAAAUGAAAAUAAUUGUUUAAUAUUCAUGAGACAAAAUAAUAAUGUAAAUAAUUAUGAAGCAAAUCAAUUAACUAAUGAAUGUAUUAAACAUGCAGCAAAACAUUUUGACAAAAUGUUAGAUAACAAUGAGACUAUGAACAUUGAACCUAAAGAACUAUUAGCAAUACUAGAACAAGAUGACUUCAAAGUUCAAGAUGAAUGGAAACUUCUGGAAUUUAUACAUAUGUGGAUUAAAAAGGAUUAUGACAAUCGUCACACAUAUAAAGAACAACUGUGUGAGCAUAUACGUUUUCAAUUGAUAGACACAAUGAAGUUACUUGAUAUAUUAGAAAAUCAAGAGAUGAAUAUUUUUCAUUCAUAUAUAAAAAACGCGCUUAUUGAUUUAGGUCAGUUAUCAAGGUCAGUAGCAAUAGCCAAAUGGAAUCGUAAAUCAAAUCAUUCUAUAGACAAAGAGUUGACAUUGACUAAUUUACCGGUAUGCGAUUUGAAUAGUGACUCGCCAAAACAAACUACAGAAAAUACAUCUUUGAUAUGCUUUGGAGGACGAUUAUGUAACAAAAGUUUCUCAUCAAAUAUAACAUGUUAUAAAAUUUUGAAAUGA